AUGACUCGCCCGCCCGUGAGUCAGCAGCAGGCCCCCCCAUCGGCGGCGGGAUGCCACCUGCUGGCUGCUCUGCAAGAUAUCCCUGAACGGCCGUUAAACAGGGACCUGAAAGAGUUAUGGGCGGCCUACGGCGAAAACCCGUUUGGCAACGUGUUGGAGUGUUGGAAUCGUUUAAAUCUUGAUGAGGAUGCUGUUGUGUGGUUGAAUUCGGAUGGUGAUAUUUCUGAGACCACGACGUUUGCAGAGCUGUAUACUCGAGUCACAAAACUCAGCAGCUUUCUGCGAGCUGCUGGACUGCAAGUGGGAGAUCGACUUAUUCUGUGUUAUCCUCCAGGGACUGACUUCAUUAUUGCGUUUUUUGCCUGUAUCACGUCGGGUCUCGUCGCAGUGCCAGUGUAUCCCCCCGAUCCUUCAAAGGGCCUGAGUGACGUGCCCCGGUUCUGUGACAUCAAUGAAAUUGCGGGAUGUAAGACGGCACUUACGAAUUCCAUGUACAAGCGAGUCGUGCAGGUCAUAGCGACCGUUGCCAAAGAUUCCCGAUGGCGCUCCGUUCACUGGGUUUGCACCGACGAUGUCAUCAAGCGCCACGCAGAAGAAGCAAAAAAGAAUGUUGGCCCUGAUUUUCCAAAUCUCUCGCCUCAUCACCCAGCGUUCCUUCAGUUUACAUCUGGGAGCACGGGCAACCCAAAGGGCGUUAUCGUCACUCACGGGUCUCUUCUUCACAAUUGCCACCUUUGCUGGAGCGCUUACGAGUUCCCUUCUCACUACGAGAAUGAUGGCGACGAUGAAAACAUCACAAACCACGACUUUUCGUUGGUCAACCAGAGGGAAUUCUGGCGCCGGAGGCAAGAAAUUUCUCUGAAAUCCAGAGGACAUAGACUUCGAGCCUUCUCCUGGUUGCCUGUCUACCAUGAUAUGGGGCUUAUAGGGUUUGUCUGUUCGCCACUGCUCUGUGGAGCAACACUCUAUCAAAUGUCGCCAAUCGACUUCAUUCGACGUCCGUGGCUCUGGCUCCAGGGAAUGUCCAAGUACGACUGCAUCUGCUGCGCCGCGCCGAACUUCGCAUUCGAAGUCGUGACACGGAAGAUGCCCGACAAUGUCUAUGAACAACUGGAUCUGUCCCGAAUUUGCGGUUUCCUGUCUGGCGCCGAACCAAUUCGAGCAUCAACCAUCGACCGCUUCUGCGAGAAAUUUUGCCCGAAAGGUUUGAAGCGCUCCGCAAUUUGCCCAGCGUACGGCCUGGCUGAAAGUACCUUGAUCGUCACGGCACGGAAAACCUGGCAAACAAUGCCCAAGUUGCUCAUCGUGGAUUCGUUUCAACUCCAGCACGAGAAGAAGGUCGUUCCCCUGACGCCGGAAGCCACAGUUACCAUGAAUUCUGAAGAAUACCAGGUCUUGGUCGGGUGUGGUGUUCCACUGGAAGGGGUCCAAGUAAGAAUUGUGGAUCCGGAAACGAGAAAGGAACUACCUCCGGGGAAGGUUGGCGAGAUCGUGGUCUACAGCAGCUCCGUCGCUCGUGGGUAUUUUGGGAGGCCUGACGCUACGAGGGAAACAUUUUGUUACAGUUUCACAGAUAUCCAAGGGAAACCAACGCCGCCCCUCGGCAUGAGGACGGGAGAUGGCGGCUUUAUGUACGAAGGUGAACUAUUUGUGGCUGCCCGGCUGAAAGAUUUGAUCAUCAUUCGAGGCCGCAAUUUCUAUCCGCAAGAUAUUGAGGAGGCCGUCGAUAAGGUGCCCAUGGUCAGACCGGGCUCUUCUGCAGCCUUUGCCAUUGAAGUCGAUGGUCACGAGGCCCUUGCUGUGGCUGCAGAAGUCCGUUUAGAGGAGGGAAUCAAAGGUCUCUGGCUCCGCGUAAAACGGCAAUUUGAUAGAAGCCACUAUGAACAAAUUGUACGAGACAUAUCGAAGUCUGUUGCGGCGAACACGGGCCUUACAAUUCACCGAAUUUGGCUUCUCCGACCACCGGAACUCCAGGUCGACGUGGAGCCGACGCUGCUAUUCAAUUACCCGACCCUGUCAGAUGUGAUCGACUUCUUCGUAAGGGAGCUGGAAGGGAAAGGAACAGAGGACUUGGCAGUCUCGCCUGAGAAAACAGGAACCAGAGAAACGACGGCUGCAAUCAUUGGAGCAGCCUGUAAUUUGCCAGGAGGAACGACAUCAUUAAAUGCCUUCUGGGACCUCCUCAUGUGCGGAGUUGACGCCAUUGCCGAAGUACCUCGCUCACGCUGGGAUGUGGAGGAGUACUUCGACCCGGAUCCGGGAGCUGACGGCAAGGCGUACGUUCGAGAAGGAGGCUUCAUUGAAGACGCGGAGAUGUUCGAUGCCGCGUUCUUCCGGAUUUCCCCAUCAGAAGCAAAGUCGAUGGACCCGCAGCAGCGACUUCUGCUGGAGGUUGCGUACGAGUCUCUCUACGAUAGCGGCUACACCCGCGAGGGUUUGCAGCGAGCAAGCGUCGGCGUGUUCGUAGGGUGCUGCUCGAAUGACUGGUACCAAGUGUGCAGUCAAUUGGAAUUGGGGAUUAGCAGUUACACGACCACAAGUUAUGCUCCGUCGAUCAUUGCAAAUCGUCUUUCCUACACUUUUGGGCUUCUGGGCCCGUCUAUGACAAUCGACACUGCCUGCUCCUCGUCUCUCGUCGCUCUCCACAUUGCGGCUCAAGAGCUGCAAGGAGGCAGCUGCACGUCUGCAGUCGUCGCUGGAGUUAACCUGAUGCUGUCUCCCCACAUCACAGUGGCUUUCUGUAAAUCACGUAUGCUGGCCCCCGAUGCUCGCUGCAAGACGUUCGAUGCGAGUGCCAAUGGCUAUGUUCGAGGAGAAGGCCUCGGUUCAAUUGUUCUGAAACGUCUCUCCCAGGCAGAGAAAGACGACGACCGGAUUCUCUGUAUCCUGAGAGGCACUGCCGUCAACCACGGAGGCAGGUCAGCCAGCCUCACCGCGCCUAGCGGACCCUCGCAACAGCGCGUCAUUCGAACGGCGCUAAGACAGGCAGGGCUCACGCCGGGAGACAUCUACUUUGUUGAAACCCACGGGACGGGGACGUCGUUGGGAGAUCCCAUCGAAGUGGGGGCGCUGAAGUCUGUUUUUGCUGCCAGCCGCGACGCCAAGACAAAACCGCUGAUUCUCGGUGCCGCAAAGACGAAUAUCGGGCAUCUGGAGGGAGCUGCUGGCAUUGCGGGUGUUCUCAAAGCCAUGCUCGCCCUUCGCUACAAACAGAUACCCCCCAACCUGCACUUCAAACAGAUGAAUCCCCACAUUGACGUCAGAGAAUUUCACGUCGUCGUUCCCACUGCACCGAUGGCCUUCCCGAGGGAGGAAGGCGGCCGGCUGUUUGCUGGUGUGAGUUCCUUUGGAUUCGGAGGUGCCAAUGGCCACGUCAUUCUCCAGGAAGCUUUGCAGCAACCCACUGGAGACAAGCCGCCCUGCAAACGCCACUCAAAGCGCAGCAUCAUUUGUUUCAUGUUCACCGGUGAAGGCUACGAGGUCUCUUGCAUGGGGCGGCACUUGUAUCAAACGGAUGACGUGUUCAAGGAGAUCAUCAACAAAUGCAACGAUAUUCUAAAGCGAUGGCUGAAUGUACCUUUGCUUUCCAUUCUCUAUCCGCCGACAGAUAAAAAAAUGGAGAUGGAUAAGAUGAUGUGUCAAGCGCGGUUCGGCCACACUGCGUUGUUCGCCUUUGAAUAUGCACUGGCUGAAUCCAUGGUCAGUAAAGGUGUGAAGCCGGAUGUUGUCUUCGGCGUGGGUCUCGGUGAGUUUGUGGCAGCAGCCUUCUCAGGAGUAAUGGGCCUUGAAGAAGCUCUUUACGUUGUUACGCAGCGCGCAAAGCUGAUCGACAACCUCCCGCCGUUUGAGGGCGUUAUGGUUGCGUGCCGCGUCAGCGAACAGGAGGUUGAAAUGGCACUCUCGGAGAUGGAAAUAAACUCUCGCAAGUCGAUUUCCGUUGCUGUGGUGUAUGGCAGGAAGAACUUGAUUCUGUCUGGCGAGCAAUCGGAAAUCGAUAAUGUUCUCAUGAAACUGAAUAUUGCCGGACGGUGGAAGUACCUGCCGGUGCACAAUGUGCUCACAAUGAAUCUUGUUUCAGAUAUUGUUCCCCCCUUCACUCAUCUCAUGUCGACGGUAAAGCUAUGCCGUCCCAAGGUCCGUCUGGUGAGUAGCACAACCGGAGAGUUCGUCGACAAGGAAGCGUUGUCUGGCCGCUUCUGGUCCCGGCAAGUUUCUCAGACUGUUCAGCUGCAGCAAGCCGUCGGAAAUAUCGUAGCUUCUGGUUGCUCUUUGUUCGUUGAGAUCGGCCCUCAAGUCGUGCUUACCAAACUUGCCCAGCAGAGUCUCAACGGCAACGCAAAGGACGUUACAUGGGUACCUUCCUACGACACCACCAGCGACGACGCUCGUUUCUUUGAGAAGGCCAUAGAUGCAUGCAACGAAGCCAUCAAAAUAAUCGGUGAAGAGCGUAGUCUGGAAGAAGGCCAACAUGGUCAAGAAGAACUCAUUUUCCACCGAAAGCCCUUCCCCUGGACAGAGAUCCCGCAUCCAUUCCUCAGUGGCCAUAAGUUCACAGAGAAAGAUGAUGUUGUCUUCGAGAAUGCCUUCCCUCGACGAGCGAUUCCUUUGAUCGCUGACCACGCCGUGAAUGGAACAGCGAUGAUGCCGGGCGCGGGGAUGCUUGAGAUGGUUGGCGCUGCCGCGCUCGCUCUUGACCUCCGUACGACCUCUGGAGCCGUUGCCCUCGAAAAUGUCUCUUUUGAGCGUCCUAUGCUUAUUGGAGCACACCGAGUCACCUAUGAAUACAACAGGAGACAUUCGUUAGGCGAAGGAGGAGGCGCAGGUACGAGUCCUAGAACCGUGCGGACUCCACGCCUCGUGAACGACGCGUACACACGCUUGGGUCUCCGCGAAAAGAGUGCGGAGAAGGCUAUCGCGGAAACAGCAGGACCCGCGUCGACUGAGGCCGGCCAGAAUCCAGUGUCCGUCCACCAUCACGCGAGCCACACGAAACUCGGCGUCCUGGAGGACAUCAAGGACUACGCCCAUAACAUGCUUCGUCGCGCAGCCCUGCAUGCGGAAGAGAGUGAUGUGCCCGCCUCUCUGCCGCCCUCUGUAGCUCAGCCAAGCAUCAUCGCGAGACAUCCCCGAGAGGGAAGCUGUGGAACCGUAAGCCGAACCAGCGGCAUUGUGUCGUCUACGGACCGCGGCGAUGGCCUGGCUGUACCUCUCAGCGUGGAGAUGACGAUACGGUGUCGAGUGACCAAGAUGAAGGAGGUGGAACUGAGCACUGUGUGGGAUGAUGAGGUGACCGAUCACUGUUAUGCGACGAUUGUCAUCGCCGACAAAAAACAAGAGACCUACCCUUCGCUACAGGAAGUACGAAGCCGCUGCGCACAUCGUAUGGAUGUCAACGAGUACUACGACAUGCUCUACGACGCUGGGCUACAGUAUGGCCCUCGGUUCCGCACGAUUCAGGAACUGCACCGAGGGGAGAAAGAAGCUGUAGCCAGAGUACAGGUUGUCGGCAACGUGAAGCAAGACCCGUUCGAAAGCGGCUUCCUCGUUCAUCCGGCGAUCUUAGAUGGCGCGCUUCAGGCUGCUGGCUGUCUUCUAGAACAGUCCCACAGUGGCAAUAAGGUGAUGGUACCGGUCUCUGUGGGUAGCGCGACACUGACUAAGGUCGAGGUUUUCCAGCCGUGCUGGGCACAUGUCCACCUGGAAGAGACAAACGCGAAGGCGGCCACUCUCAACAUUACCAUUUACGAUGAAGCGACCAGGGAAGUCGUUGCCUCACUGCAGAAUGCCGUCGUCCGCCAAGUCGAUCCUUCUGCGAAUGUGGUGGCGACAAUACCAAAGGAUAUGCUGUGGAAGGUGAAUUGGCAGUUGGUUGACGACGGCGACAAGGAGGUUGCCGGCUGGACACAAAAGGUGCUCUUCAUUGGUGGCAACAUUGAGCUGGCGGAGGCUCUGGAAAAUGCAAUGGGAUCCAACUGCAAGACACUGAGUGUAGAUGCGCUUCCGAGAGAAAGAGCCGAGCUCCAGAAGAUCUUAGACGCUGAACAGUGGCAAGCAAUCGUGUACGUUGAGGCCGUCACCGCUGGCGUGUACGAUGCCCUAGAUGUGAUGAAUGCAGCCGUGCGUCUCAUCCAGGCGCACUACCUUAACCUCAACAGCGGCAAAGCUGUUGGGGCACUCUGGUUCGUUACGCGGGACACAGUGUUCUGCAAUAUUGGCGCAGACAAGCCCGGAGCUGAGAUUCCCGCCCAUGCUGGCCUCUGGGGUUUGGUCAAGGCUGCUCGACUCGAGAUGGAGGUUUCCGCCGGCUCGCCGAUUAGCAUGGGUUGUCUCGAUGUCUCUGGCGCCGACGUGUCUUCAAUGGCUCAACAGAUCCUCCAUGCCUUGAAGUCGAAGGUGGUCACGGCCCAUGAAUCGGAAGCGGCGGUCAGGGAACACGGCCUCUUUGUGUCUCGUCUCGCCCCUCAGACUGAUGUGGAUGUGCGCGGUGCUAUCGAGCUUCACAUGCCAGAGCGGGGAGCGAUCUCAAACCUUACGCUGCGUCCACAAGCGUUCGCUUCGCGUCUGCCGCCUGAGGACGGCCAGAUUGAACUGCGCGUCCGUGCUGUCGGCCUAAAUUUCCGCGACGUCCUUAACGUCAUGGGUCUCUAUCCGGGAGACCCUGGGCCACCGGGUGCAGACUGCGCGGGCGUUGUUGUGGCUGUUGGCGAGAACGUCGGGCACGUUGAAGUCGGCGACUGUGUCUUUGGUAUCGCUCAAGGCUGUCUUCGAACCUACGUCACAACGGACGCCCAGCUUCUGCGGAGAAUGCCAGAGUCCAUGACAUUCGAACAGGCAGCGGCGCUGCCUGUCGUCGCGACCACGGUUGAGUAUGCGUUGCACGACUUGGCGAAGGUGAAGGCGGGCAACAAGGUCCUUAUCCACGCUGUCACGGGGGGAGUCGGUCUGGUGGCGCUGCAGUUCUGUAAGCACGUGGGGGCAACUGUUUACGGCACGUGCAGUGGAGGAAAAAAGGCGGCGUUCGCCAAGUCCAUGGGUGUUCAGUACAUUUCAAGCAGUCGUGAUGCGAAGGCUUUCGCCGAAGACAUGCGUGCAUUCUUAGGUGAAGACGGCAAAUUUGACGUCAUUCUCAACUGUCUCAUCGACGACUUCAUUCCAGAGUCGCUGAAACUCCUGGGGCCGUAUGGCAGGUUCAUCGAACUGGGGAAACGCGGCGUGUGGUCUAAGGAGAAGAUGGCUGCCGAACGUUCAGAUGUGCAGUACGAACUGAUUGCAGUGGACGAAAUGAUGGAGAAGGACCCAAUUUGGUUCGGCGGGAUGCUGGAGCGUGUUCGAGCGCUUGUGGCGGAACAGAAGAUCCAGCCGUUGCCGAUGCAUGUCUUCGACAUGGCGGACACAGGUGACAAUGGAGGGGUUUCCGCUUUCCGAUUCAUGCAGCGUGCCCAGCACAUCGGGAAAGUGGUUCUCAAGAUCCCAAGUCCUGUGGAAGAAGCGUCUAAAAAUGGCUCCAUUGUGAUCACAGGUGGCCUAGGCGCACUGGGCAUGGUCGUCGCUGGCUGGCUGGCGGAAGAAGGCGCGAGACACAUCUGCCUCCUAUCGCGGCGAGAAGAGGCUCCGCAACCCGGAGAGAUUCCUGGGUGGGAUUGGCUGAGCACCAUCAACUGCGACGUCCAUUUCUUCAGCUGUGACGUGUCAAAGUACGAGAACGUCCGCACAGUCUUGAGGACCAUACAGACGAAUGUGGCGCCUAUUACGGGUAUUAUCCACACGGCGGGGGCGCUGGCUGACGCUCUCCUCGACAGCCAGACACCGGAGUUGAUGAAGAAGGUGUACAGUGGCAAAGUCCAGGGGGCCUGGAACUUGAACCGGGCGUUGGAGGAAUUAGGUCUGAAUGAACAGUUGAAACUCUGCGUCUUCUUCUCCUCCGUCACUUCUCUGUUCGGCAACUUUGGCCAGGCGAACUAUUGCUCGGCAAAUGCCUGCCUCGACGCCCUCGCCCAGUGGCGCCGCGCAAAGGGCCUUUGUUGUCAAAGCAUUCAGUGGGGGCCUUGGGUCGAGCAGGGGAUGGCUGCGGAACUGAAGCAUCAGGUUGAACGGAACGGCAUGAAAGGCAUCAGCAACGAAGUAGGAUUGAGAGUGUUACACGACGCGAUCCGACAGCAAGAGAAAGCUACUCCAGUCAUUGGUUGUCAGGCAAUCAAAUGGAAGCUGUUCAUGCAUCGGUACAUUGAGCAACCUCCGUUCUUCGCAAACAUUGAAAUGGACCUCCAGGUGACUUCUCACGACUCCAACGCUGUCCUGCGCAAUCUGCCUCCGUCGGAACGGCGCGACUACAUCAAGGUUCAAGUUGCUGCGGCAGCUCGACAAGUGCUUGGAAGCAGCGCCCCGCCGCCCUUUGACACGCCUCUGCAGGAUGUUGGGGUCGACUCACUUGGGGCUGUCGAGUUCCGGAAUGUUCUGUCAAAGAAGCUUGGCGUCAAAUUGUCGGCGACGACACUUUUCGACUAUCCAACACUCAAUGCCAUCAUCGACCACCUCUGCGAAGUGUUCGGAGAAAGUAGCCAGGAUGAUAGUCUCUCGACGAAGAUGGGAGUGAUCUCUGAAAAUGACCUCGCCCAAAACGGCAUGGCAAUUAUCUCGAUGUCGUGUCGGCUCCCAGGGAAUUCCACUUGCCCAGAUCUUUUCUGGGAUAUGAUGAUGCGAUGCACAGAUUGCGUGUGCGACAUUCCUUUGACGCGGUGGAACGCGGAAGAGGUGUACAGCGAAGAUCCAGAUCUCCCCGGCAAGUGCUACACCCGUCGAGGCGCCUUCAUCGAGAAUGCAGAAUACUUUGAUAAUUCAUUUUUCGGUAUCUCACCCUCCGAGGUCAAGCACAUGGACCCGCAGCAGAGGCUGCUUCUCGAAGUCUCAUAUGAGGCUUUUGCGGGUGCAGGCUUGACGAAGGAGAAGCUUCUUGGGGCAGACAUUGGUGUGUUCGUUGGUGCAUGCAACCACGACUGGACGUACUUGAUCCAAGAAGACAAAAUAUCUGCUUAUACCGGAACCGGGUCUGCGGGGAGCGUCAUCGCGAAUCGGGUCUCGUACUGCUUGGGGCUCAGAGGCCCAUCCAUCCCCGUCGACACAGCAUGUUCCUCCUCGCUGGUUGCCGCGGACUAUGCGUUUGAGAAGCUCGUGCUGCGAGACUGCAGCAUGGCCCUCGUGGCGGGCGUCAACCUCAUGCUGACUCCGCAUUUGUUCAUUGCCUUCUCAAAGGCCCGCAUGUUGUCCCCCGAUUGCAAAUGCAAGACCUUUGAUGCUUCCGCAGACGGGUACGUCCGAGGAGAAGGAGCAGGCGCAGUGUUGAUGCUGCCCUACACUGAAGCGAAAGCAAAACAAAUGACCAUACACGCUGUGGUCAAAGGAACCGCAUGCAACCACGUGGGACGGAGCGCCAGCUUGACUGCUCCGAACGGGCCGAGCCAGGCAGAGGUGAUUCGCAUGGCACUCCGGCGCGCAGGCAUGAAGCCCAACGAUUUGAAAUUCAUGGAGAGUCACGGAACCGGAACAUCACUCGGCGAUCCGAUCGAGGUCAACGCAGUGCGCACCGUGUUCGCGCCCGGUCGUGAAAAGACGAAGCCUCUGUUGAUUGGCGCGGUGAAAACGAACAUUGGGCACUUGGAGGGAUCAUCUGGGAUUGCUGGACUGAUCAAGGCCUGUUUGGUCCUUACCCAUCGGGAAAUCCCUCCCAACCUCCACUUCAAGACGCUCAACCCGCACAUCAAUAUCGAGGACUUUCCUGUGCAGUUUGUCACGGAGUUUGUUUCUCUCGACUCUGUCGAAUCCACUCGGAAGAAGAACACGGCAGGUGUGAGUUCCUUUGGCUUCGGAGGUGUGAACGCCCACAUCCUCCUCGAGGAAGCAACGCGCGAUCAGAAUGCGACGCGGAAAGAAGAAAACCGACCCAAAAUUUGUUUUAUGUUCACUGGGCAGGGCUCGCAGUACGCUGGUAUGGGCCGACACUUGUACGAAAAGGAGCCGGUGUUCAGAGAGGCGAUCAACCGCUGCGUGGAGAUUGCCAAGGAGUACCUGCCGCUGCCGCUCCUGAGCGUUAUCUAUCCCACUCCGGAAGAAAGGGAGGCCAUGCAAGAGGCCAUCAACGAGACCCUUUAUUCGCAGCCCGCAGUCUUUGUGGUCGGCUACGCUCUCCUGGAACUGUGGAAGUCCCGGGGAGUCGCGCCGGACAUGGUGAUGGGACACAGUCUUGGCGAGUACAUUGCGGCGGUUUGUUCAGGCGUCCUCUCGAUACAAGACGGCUUGAAACUCGUCCUGAAGCGGGCCCAAAUCAUGAGCCGCGCUCCGCCCCGCAACGGAGUGAUGGUCGCCUGCCGCGCCACUGCGGAGCAAGUGGAAGAGGCGAUCCACACGUUGUUUGGGGACGGUGAGAAGAAUGUUGCCCUGGCCUCCGUGAACGGCCUGAAGAGCGUCAUCGUUUCUGGGAACCAGCACGACGUUCAGGCUGUGCUGCGGCAACUUGGCGCUGCUUCUCGGGCGAAGAUGCUUCGCGUGUCUCACGCCUUCCAUUCGCCGCUCGUCAAGGACACCGUCGCCCCCUUCAAGCGAGUCCUGGAAACGGUCCGGCUGAACAAACCUCGAAUCAUGUUUGUCAGCACCGUCACUGGAAAGGUGGCAAGGGACGAGCUGCAAAACACCAGUUACUGGGCGGAGCACAUCACAAAGGUUGUCAGGUUCUGCGACGCUGUGCAGGCAUGCGUUGCACAGGGUGCAAAGAUCAUGGUGGAAGUCGGCCCGCGGCCAACGCUGUCGACUAUGGGCAAGGGCUGUCUACCUCAAGCCACUGCAGAUGAAGUUCAGUGGAUCAACUCGCUGGAGCCCGAGACGCCAGCAACGGCCGUCUUCGAUUCUCUCUCUGCACUGGCUAAGUCCGGGAGCGGCGCCAUACCUGCUGUGUUUGACCGGAAAUUUUUCCCCUGGACGGAGACGUGCCACCCGCUCCUGGGUGGGAAGAAUACCCGGCCGGACGGCUCCGUCGUCUACUCAGCUCCGCUUCGAGACUUGGUCAAGGCGCUUUUCCUCGACCACGUUGUGUACGGCAAGGCGUUGCUUCCGGCGACGUGCCUGAUUGAGAUGAUGGCCUCUGCCACCACGCACAUGAUUCCCAACCAGGAAGAAGAGAAACUGGUGGCCCUGUCUCAGCUGGUUUUCGAGAAGCCACUGCUCAUCCCCGACGACACGUCCCUCAGCGUACUGGUGACUGUCGAGACCCGCGGGCAAGUGCGGGUUGCCAGUCAAGUCACGAACAGCGAAGAAGAAGCGGAGGACCACGCCGUCUGCCAGGUGAAUAUCGUCGACGCCCUGCCAACGGCCCCGGCGUUGACGGACAUCCGCGCGCGCUGCAAAACUGAGGUCGACGCUAGCCAAGUGUACGCACAGCUCCACAACGUGGGACUCCAGUACGGGCCCCGUUUCCAAACGAUCGUGAAGAUCUUCAAGGGGGAAGACGAGGUUUUGGGGCUCCUCCAAGCUCAGAACGUGACCAACUUUGAGACUGGCUUCAUGAUGCAUCCAGCUGUUCUGGACGGAGCGCUACAGCUCUCAGCUAUACUGGCCUUCGAGAAGGGCAGCACGCGGGCAAUGGUUCCCUUCGGCGUCGACACUGUCCUCCUGAAGAACUUCCCGCCUGAAAAGGAACUGUGGGCACGCGUGGUGCUGAUCAAAAAGGGUGUCUCGUCCGCAUCCGCCACCGUUCACCUCUACGACUAUGACGGGGAGCCGAUUGCCGUCCUGAUGGGUGUGACGCUUCGGCCGAUCGAAUUUAACACGGCCGCAGACAUCCCGAGAGAGCUUCUGUGGGAGGUCGACUGGGAACUCGCCGGGUCAUACUCCAAGCCCCAACACGGCUCUUUAGCGACGCCUGCUGGAACAGAUGCGUCUGGUGCAGAAGAUGUGACUCGAACGCCAAGUCCCUUAGUCACUGGCGAGAACGCGGAAACGCCAUCGGGUGAGGUCUCGUCUGUUAUGCCGGGGUUAUCGACUGAAACGCCGCGGACAGCGGCGCCUUCACCGAUUGACGAGACUGCUGGAGCUGUCCAGAACAAGAUCAUGCACAACCUGCUUUUGGUUGAUUACUCCGGGGGCCACCGAGCGGUCGUCGCCUCCAUUCGAGACACCUGCGAGGUGGAGGUUUUGAGCAAGGCAGGCAGUCCCGAGCUCUACGCGCAGCAGUUGCGCCAGUUUGUUGAAGCAGCAGCCACAAAAACGGACCCUGCGUCCCCGUCAACAAUCCUUUUCCUGGCCCUCGACGAGGCCACCCCGGCAGAGGAGCUGGCCGCAGGCCUCCUGGAAACAGUCAAAGUCUUCGCUGCCGAAACGUUCAAGAAGCUUCCGUGCAUCUGGGUGCUCACCUCCGGCGCUCAAGGUCCGAGGCAGAGCGUCGUUGCUCCGAAACAUGCAGGGCUUUGGGGCAUGAUGCGGACAGUGCGGCUGGAGUUGGAGAUGCAGAUAGGUAGAAGUGUCAGGUUUGGCUGCGUGGAUCUAGACAAAGCUUUGGAGGUAAAUGUCGCGCUCCAGUAUAUACUGCAAAAGCGAACAGAGGAGCCCUUCGAAGCUGAGCUGAUUCUCAGAUGCUUGCCUGACGGCUCCAACAGAGAAGCAGAAGACGCCCAACUCGCCAAAGGGGAAGAGCGCGGCGCUGCCGCCAGCUUUGCCGCUGUUGGUCUGGAAACCGCGGCCACAAAUGCCAGCGACGCUUCUGCCAACUCUGCUGCUGCGGAUAGGAUGGCGCUGACUCCUGCGGCGCUAUCGCUUCUUAAGGAAGCCGCGAAUCCGAACGACAAGCUUACCGUAAAUGUCUUUUGCCCUCGCCUGCAUCGCUCACCCAUUUCAGUUAGAGGCGCCGUCGAGCUUCACAUGCCAGAACGUGGCGCCAUCUCGAACCUCGUGCUCCGGCCGCAGGCCUUUGCGAGUAGGACAGCACCGCAGAGUCACGAGUGUGAGGUCCGUGUGAGGGCCAUCGGCCUCAACUUCCGAGACGUCCUGAACGUGAUGGGGCUUUAUCCGGGGGACCCUGGUCCUCCUGGCGCGGACUGCGCAGGUACCGUGGUUGCGGUCGGGAGCGAUGUGAAGCACCUUAAGGUAGGCGAUUCGGUUUACGGGAUUGCCCAGGGCUGUCUCCGCACGUACGUGACAACCAACAGCAAUUUGAUGCGCAGAAUGCCGGAGUCGCUGACGCUCGAGCAGUCGGCUGCCUUGCCUGUCGUCGCGGCAACUGUGGAAUACGCUCUGCACGACUUGGCCAAGGUAAAAGCUGGAGACAAGGUUCUUAUCCACGCAGUCACCGGCGGUGUCGGCCUCGCCGCGGUGCAAUUUUGCAAACGCGUGGGUGCCACGGUCUACGGCACAUGCAGUGGCGGGAAGAAGGCCGCCUACGCAAAAUCCCUGGGAGUGAAGUACCUGACGAGCAGCCGCGAUGCGAGCACAUUCGCGGAAGACAUGCGCGAGUUCCUGGGGGAGGAAGAGAAAAUCGACGUUGUGCUCAACUCGUUGAUUGACAACUUCAUUCCCGAGUCCGUUAAAUUGCUGGCCCCGGGUGGCCGCUUCAUGGAGCUGGGCAAGCGUGGAAUCUGGACAAAGGAACAGAUGGCCGCCGAGCGUCCCGAUGUGUACUACGAAACCAUUGCAGUGGAUUCCAUGAUGCAGGAAGAUACUGUAUGGUUUGGCGGUAUGCUCGAUCGCAUUCGGGACCUCGUGGACACGGGGCACAUCCGGCCCCUGCCUCUGCACGUCUUCGAGAUGACUGAUCCGCUGGCAGGCGGCGUGGCAGCCUUCCGAUUCAUGCAGCGAGCUCAACAUAUCGGAAAGGUCGUCAUUCGCAUAGCGAGUGACCUUGAGGUAACGAACCCUUCCAUGUCGAAGGAACCUGCUGCCCCAGAGAGCGGUGUGCUGGCUGGAGCGGGCAAUCAGGGUACUGCCGCAAUCGGGACCUUUACAAAGGAUAUUGCGGACAGAACGUACUUGAUCACUGGCGGGAUGGGUGGCCUAGGUUUGGUAGUCGCACAGUGGCUGGUCGAGGAAGGCGCCCGGCACAUUGUUCUGCUCUCUCGCAGAGGCGAGCCGUCUGCGGCUGUGAAACAGAGCCCGACAUGGGAGUACCUGACAGAGAAGGAGCGAACCUGCGUCUCUGUCUUGCCCCUCAAAUGCGACGUUUCCGUGAAGGACGACAUCAUCAGCGUGGUCAAGGAGAUCGAGGCCCGCGGCUUCCCGCCCAUUCGAGGCAUCUUCCAUGCGGCCGGUGUCACGGCAGACGCUUCGCUGGCAAACCAAACUCGCGAGUCCCUCGAGCAAGUCUACCUUCCCAAGGUGACGGGUGCUUGGAACCUCCACGAGGUCUGUGAGACUCUGGGGCUAGACAAGAAUCUGGACAUGUUCGUGAUGUUUUCGUCUGUCGCCGCACUGUUGGGGAACUUUGGACAGGCGAACUACUCGGCGGCGAACGCUUGCCUGGACGCUUUGGUGGAGUACCGCCGGUCUCGAGGGCUGUGUGCGCAGAGCAUUCAGUGGGGGCCGUGGAUAGAACAGGGUAUGGCGGCGGACUUCCGGCAAGCCCUCGACAAGGUCGGCAUGCGAGGCAUCAGUAAUGAACUGGGCACGCGAGUUCUCAGCGAGGUCGUUCGCAACCCUCACCGAGCAACAACAAUUCUCUGCCAGUCUGUCAUCUGGAAGAAGUUCCUUCAAAGGUACGAGCGCGUGCCGCCUCUAUUUAAACACACGCGAGCCGGCCAGGGCGCAACUGCGGACUCGACCCUAAUGCUACGAACGAUGACAGCAGAAGAAAGGAGGGCGUAUGUGGAGAAGACUGUCCGCGAGGUGGUUAAGCAGGCGCUAGGGCUCGCAGAGCCGCCACCGAUGGACUUGCCAAUGCAAGAACUGGGCAUAGACUCCAUCGGUGCUGUCGAGCUGCGAAACGCCCUCUCAAGCCGCCUAGGUGUGAAGAUGCCUGCGACGGCUAUGUUUGACUACCCCACACUGGAUGCGAUGGUAGAUUAUAUCAACUCGACGCUUGCCGAGCAGUGCGCUGGUGCGGACCAAGACUUGGCGGCGGAGAACCAGAUGAAUUUGGUUCCACAAAUCAUGCACCGACUCGAAGGAAAUAUUGCAGUGACUAGCAUCGCUGUCCACCUGCCUGGGGGCGUUAAAAACGUCGACGAGUUCUGGGAUAUGAUGCAUCAGAUGCGAGACUGCAUCACGGAGGUGCCCUUGACCCGGUGGAACAUGUACACUUUCUUUGACCCCGAUCCGGACACUCUGGACACUUCGUACGCCAAACUCGGAGGCUUUAUCAUGGACGCUGACAUGUUCGAUAACAGUUGCUUCAACAUUAGCCCUGCGGAAGUGCGCGUUAUGGAUCCUCAACAGCGUAUCAUUUUAGAAGUCGCAUAUGAGACAAUGGUCGGUGCUGGCUACGUCAGCAGUGGCCAAGCGAGCCAGCAGUCGAUAGGAUGCUUCAUUGGUUGCUGCAAUGCUGAUUGGCACAUGCUGGACGUGCCUUCGGGGCCCUUCACAGGGACGGGCAGUUCUACAUCGAUAAUCUCCAACCGCAUUUCUUAUACUUUGGGUCUUCGAGGCCCUUCGUUGACGGUCGACACGGCGUGCUCCUCAUCGCUGGUGGCGCUGGACAACGCCAUGUGCAAAAUCAUCGAGGGAUCUUGCUCGGCAGCUCUUGUAGGCGGUGUGAACCUCAUGCUGUCUCCCCAUCUUUUCAUCUGCUUUAGCAAAGCCCGGAUGCUGUCUCCCGACUGCCGCUGCCGAACGUUCGAUCACCGAGCAAAUGGCUACGCUCGAGGAGAAGGUGCAGGCGCUGUCCUUUUGAAACCUUUGUCCGCCGCACGGAAAGACGAAAGCACAAUCCUUGCCGUCGUGCGAGGCUCCGCCAUUAACCACGAUGGCCGCAGUGCCAGUCUGACUGCGCCCAACGGCCCAGCUCAGCAGGCUGUCAUCCGCGCAGCGCUUCAGAGUGGAGGCGUCAAACCUACCGACAUUACCGUUCUGGAGUCCCACGGCACAGGCACGCAGCUAGGAGACCCUAUCGAGGUCGGGGCGAUUAAAGCGGUGUUUAUGCACCAUCGGGGUGUAGACAAUCCAAUCUAUAUCGGAGCACUCAAGACGAAUAUCGGUCAUCUUGAAGGCUCAUCAGGCAUAGCAGCAUUUAUCAAGUUGGUGUUGUGUCUGCGCCAUCGUGAGCUUCCGGCGAAUCUCCAUUUCCAACAGCUGAAUCCACACAUCGACAUGACUGACUUCUCCGCCGUUUUCCCCAAGGCCACUGUCGACCUCCCUGUAACUCGCAAGUUGUUUGCUGGCGUCAGCUCCUUCGGUUUCGGUGGUGCCAAUGCGCAUGUCGUGAUCGAGGAACACUUCGAGCUCUCGAAUGCGGCGGAGGCGCCGCAGAAGAAGACGCCACCGGUCAAAUGGGAACGGCGGAGCUUUCCCUGGUAUGAAGCGUUUCAUCCGCUGUUGGGUCACGAAACACGUUCCGAAGCGGAUGACAGGAAAAUUGCCAUGGAGAUCCGGCGAGAUGUCUUUGACCUGCUGGCGCAACACAUGGUCGAAGGCAGGCCUGUGAUGCCCGCGGCAUGCUAUCUCGAAACGCUUACCUCGGCAGCAUGCACCUCCGAGUUUCUGCACCCUUGCUCGCGCAAGAUGCUUCGUCCUGAUCACAGAGCUGCGGUAACUUUGGAAGACAUUGAAUUCCAGCGUCCCAUGAUCCUCGAGGCUCCGGAGGGCCCUGGCCACCAGAUCUUCCAGAUGUUGAUGGCGAAUCUCAGUUCGAACGGCAACGCCUCGAUUUCCAGCUCAAAGACUGGCGAUGAGGAGCAGUUUGUCCACGCGACGUGCCGAAUCGCCAGUGCCGAAGACUCUUCGGCCUUCACGCGCACGCCUGAAGAGAACCUGAAAUUCCUCGACGAAGACACGGAUCGUGUCCCCGUUGAUGCGGGAGACAUGUACGCUAAACUGUGGAAGAACGGGUUGAUGCUCGGGCCUCAAUUCCGCACCAUUCAAUCGAUCGAAUGCAGUCCCAAAACAGCCAAGGUGAAGCUGCAGUUGCCACAGACUCCCACGUCCUGUGAACUUGGUUUCCGCAUGCAUCCUUGUGUGCUGGAUGGGACGUUUCAAACAGUUGGAGCGCUCGUCAUGGCCCACGACGAACAGGCACGGAAAGAAGGCGCUACGGUCAACCCCGGGACUCUUAAGCUGAUGAUUCCCUUCAUGAUCCAGCGUAUCACGUUGACAUCUAUGCACGGAGUCGCAAAUGCCCUCUGGGCCCACGUCGCGCUGGUGAAGCGCGAGUCGAACCAGGCCAUUGUGAACAUAGACAUCAUGUCGAUGACCGGAGAGCCAGUUUGCUGUCUCAAGGAGCUGACAAUGAGGCGGCUCGACCCGAUUCCUGUGGCAGAGAUUCCGCGAGAACUGACCUGGACUGUUGACUGGGAAGAAGGGCAGAGUUUGAACCCAGUGCCUGUUCCCAGCGCAAUCGAUGUUGUGGUUAUCGACCCUCUCGGAAUGCAGCACACAGUGGUCAAAGAGCUCAAACAGAAGAUGUUCGCUUCGGUGCAGGUGUUCGAGCGCGACUCGUCGGUCGACGACAUUCUGCACGUCCUUCGCGUCUCUCCAUCUGGCAGUUCUGUCUCGCUGACACCCACAGCCGCAGCAGCCAGUGACGCAGGCGAAACAGCGUCUCCGUCCAACCCGCACAAGGUUGUGCUUUUCCUUGGCCUGAGCAGUGCAAACGACGCUAUCGAGGCAGCCGACUACCUGCUCCAGCUGUCAGCUGGCUUAGAGAAAGUUGCCAAGGAAGACCGGAAACAGGAGUUCUUACCGAUAUGGAUCCUUACCAAGGGGGCUCAAAGCCACAGUGAGAAUGUUCGAGUCUCCAACCCUGUCCACGCGGGCCUCUGGGGCUUUGCGCGUACAGCCCGACUCGAGAUAUCCGCUCAAACGGGCAAAGAAGCCAGCAUUGGAUGUGUUGACCUUGGCCCCGAGUGCCGUCUGCCUGAUGUAGUCCAGCACCUCGCUGUAAUCCAGAGUCAAGAAAGAUAUGAGCGAGAAAUUCUUUUCGACGAAGUUGCGGCGGCAGAAGACCCGAAAACAGAGAAGGGAAAGACCUCGUCCGGUCCAACGCGCCUGAAACACUUUGUUGCUCGCCUCGCUCGCUCGCCCUUGAACGUCAGAGGCGCUCUGGAGCUCCACAUGUCUGAUCGCGGGUCAAUUACCAACCUAACUCUCCGACCUCAAUCCUAUGCUGCCAGAGUCCCGCCAAAGGGGGAUAUGGUCGAGUUGCGAGUCCGAGCGGUGGGUCUGAACUUCCGGGAUGUCCUCAAUGUGAUGAACCUCUACCCAGGAGAUCCGGGGCCACCAGGCGCCGAUUGCGCUGGGACAGUCGUGGCCGUGGGCGACCGCGUGAAGCACUUGAAGGUCGGCGACUCUGUUUAUGGUGUCGCGCCCGGGUGUCUGAAGACGUACGUCACGACCAACUCACAAAUCAUACGCAAAAUGCCAGCCUCCAUGUCUUUCGAAGAAGCCGCGGCGCUGCCCGUCGUCGCCACGACAGUUGAGUAUGUGCUCAAUGACCUCGCCAAGGUGCGGGCGGGAGAAAAGGUGUUAAUCCACGCAGUGUCCGGGGGCGUGGGUAUCGCCGCUGUACAGUUCUGCAAGCGAGUCGGCGCAGUGGUCUACGGCACAUGCAGCAGCGAGAAGAAGCGGGAAUUUGUGGAGUCGCUUGGAGUCAAGUACGUGGCGAGCAGUCGUGACCCCGAAAAGUUCACGGCCGAAAUGAAACAAUUUCUUGGGGAAGAAGGCACAGUAGAUGUUGUGCUCAAUUCUCUGAUUGACAAGUUCAUUCCCGCUUCUCUUGCGCUCCUCGGAAAAGACGGACGCUUCAUUGAACUCGGCAAACGAGGCAUAUGGACCCACGAGCAAAUGAGGACGGAGCGCCCAGAUGUAUACUACGAAACCGUUGCCAUUGACGUCAUGAUCAGCGAAAAUCCUCGCUGGUUUGGCAUCAUGCUCGACCGCGUCCGUACCCUUGUAGACCGCAAGCAACUCCUCUCCUUGCCUCUUACAGUCUUCAACAUGAAUGAUCCGAAUGAGGGAGGCGUUGCAGCCUUCCGGUUCAUGCAGAAGGCCCAACAUGUAGGGAAAGUCGUCAUCGCUAUUCCCAGCUCGCUCGACUUUGAACGAAUCACCGUCGGCCCUCCCACGACAACGCAGAAAACCUACGUGAUCACUGGCGGGAUGGGUGGCCUAGGUUUGGUAGUCGCACAGUGGCUGGUCGAGGAAGGCGCCCGGCACAUUGUUCUGCUCUCUCGCAGAGGCGAGCCGUCUGCGGCUGUGAAACAGAGCCCGACAUGGGAGUACCUGACAGAGAAGGAGCGAACCUGCGUCUCUGUCUUGCCCCUCAAAUGCGACGUUUCCGUGAAGGACGACAUCAUCAGCGUGGUCAAGGAGAUCGAGGCCCGCGGCUUCCCGCCCAUUCGAGGCAUCUUCCAUGCGGCCGGUGUCACGGCAGACGCUUCGCUGGCAAACCAAACUCGCGAGUCCCUCGAGCAAGUCUACCUUCCCAAGGUGACGGGUGCUUGGAACCUCCACGAGGUCUGUGAGACUCUGGGGCUAGACAAGAAUCUGGACAUGUUCGUGAUGUUUUCGUCCGUCGCCGCACUGUUGGGGAACUUUGGACAGGCGAACUACUCGGCGGCGAACGCUUGCCUGGACGCUUUGGCGGAGUACCGCCGGUCUCGAGGGCUGUGUGCGCAGAGCAUCCAGUGGGGGCCGUGGAUAGAACAGGGUAUGGCCGCAGAUUUGAAAGCCUUGGCGGAGAAGGCUGGGCUCCGCGGCAUUUCCAACGAACUUGGCAUUCGAGUGUUGGUCGAAGCCGUGCGCAAUUCGCAGACAGUGGUAACCGUUCUAGCCCAGUCCUUCAUCUGGAAGAGAUUCGUACAGCGUUUCGAUGUCAUUCCGCAGUUCUUCAGCAAUAUCGAGUUCGAAACCGCGUCUCCGGGUGCCUUCAAAGUGCUGUAUAGCUCGAUGACACCUGACGAGCUCCGCGCCCACGUCUCGAACGUCGUUCUGGACACGGCCCGGCAAGUCCUUGGGACAAGUGAACUUCCCGCUUUGGACUCACCGUUGCAAGAGUUGGGUAUCGAUUCACUAGGUGCCGUUGAGUUGCGAAACUCUCUGUCGCAACGCCUCGGCGUCAAGCUCUCAGCAACCACCCUUUUCGACUAUCCCACGAUCAGAGCCAUCAUUGACUAUAUAGUCAACCAGGUUUCCGGCGAGGCCUCCGCAGGAAAAGGAGCAACUGGUGGUGCUCUCUUGUCUGGCGGCCUUGCAGCGGGAAUGGACAGUCCCAUCGCCGUCGUUGGCUAUUCCUGCCGACUUCCUCAGGGCAGCGAGACUCCCGACAAACUGUGGGAGAUGCUGAGAAGGGCGCAAGAUUGCGUCGUGGAGGUCCCGCUGACACGCUUCGAUGUGGAUAUGUUCUACGAUUCCGAUGUCGAUGCGAAGGGGAAGAUGUAUGUGAGGAAAGCGUGUUUCAUGGAAGACGCGGACAUGUUUGACAACUCGUUCUUCAACAUAUCAGCCGCAGAGGUCACCUACAUGGAUCCACAGCAGCGGGUUAUGCUUGAAGUUGCCUACGACGCCUUCUACAGCGCAGCGUACUCCCGAGAGCACCUUAUCGGGAAGAAUUAUGGAGUCUGGAUAGGCUGUUGCAAUUCGGACUGGCACUUCCUGGAGCAGCAAAGCAAUCCAGAUAAAAGCAGCAGCUACUCUGGACCUGGUGGUUCAGGUUGCCUGGUUUCCAACCGUCUCUCCUACGUUUUUGGCCUGAAAGGUCCCAGCAUGACAAUCGACACGGCUUGCUCGUCUUCCCUUGUUGCCGCGGAUUGCGGCGCGCAAGCUAUGCGGUUCGGGUACUGCGACGGAGCCUUGAUUGGUGGCGUCAAUCUCAUGCUUUCUCCUCAGCUCUUCCUUGCCUUCUGCAAGGCCCGCAUGCUAUCGCCGGAUUGCCGCUGUGCAACUUUCGAUGAAAAGGCAAAUGGCUACGUGCGUGGAGAGGGUGCCGGUGCGAUUGUGCUUCGUCAUCUGGCUGAUGCCCAGCGUGAAGGCAAGCGCAUUUUUGGAAUCGUCAAAGGAACUGCUGUCAACCACGAUGGCCGCAGUGCAAGUCUCACAGCUCCCAACGGGCCUGCUCAGCAAGACGUCAUUCGCAGCGCGCUUCAACUUGGAAACGUGGAUCCGCUUGAUGUCGCUUUUGUUGAAUCUCAUGGAACGGGAACAGCUCUUGGAGAUCCUAUUGAGAUGGGAGCGAUAAAGGCUGUAUAUGGAACUGGCCGGUCUGCCGACAGUCCACUGGUCGUUGGUGCGCUCAAGUCGUACAUUGGACACUUAGAAGGAAGCUCAGGAAUUGCGGGCAUUCUCAAGGUGAUUCUGUGUCUACGACAUCACGAGGUGCCUCCGAAUCUUCACUUCGACACGCCAAACCCCCACAUGGACCUUUCGGAUUUCCAUGUAAUCCUCCCAAAAAAACAGAUGAAGCUUCAGCCUUCCAGGAAGAGCGCGACGAUCCUCGGCUCUGUCAGUUCCUUCGGAUUCGGAGGAGCCAACGCCCAUGUGGUCUUUGAAGAGUAUCCAGAACCACCCGCGGCGACGGAAGGUGGCGAAAGUCGGGCGGCAGAAGCUGCCGAAUCAGCAGGCAAGAAACGCCUUGCCUUCCUUUUUACUGGACAAGGGUCACAGUACCCGAAUAUGUGCAAACAGUUGUACGAGGAAGAGUCAGAAUUCCGUUCACGCAUGGAUGCAUGUUUCACUGUCUUGAAAGAUAAACUGGAAGUGAAUCUUAGGGAAGUGAUGUAUCCCACAGCAGACACGGAAGCGAAGAUGCUGCAGCUGCUUAACCAGACAGGCUACUCUCAGCCGGCGAUCUUCUGUGUCGAAUACGCUCUCGCUCAGCUGAUGAUCAGCAAAGGCUUCAGUCCGAGCGUGGUCAUGGGCCACAGCUUGGGUGAGUAUGCCGCCGCAGCUGUCGCGGGGGUGAUGGAUUGGAAGGAUGCCCUUCUUCUUGUACACGAGCGAGCCGCAAUCAUGCAGCGGAUCGAUCCGAAUGAUGGAGUUAUGUACGCUUGCCGAGCAAGCGAGAAGGACGCUCAGGCUGCCAUCGAUAAGACUCUUGGUGAAAAGACCAGUGCCGUCACUGUGUCGGCAAUCAACGGCCCAAGGAGCAUCGUACUAUCGGGCACCCGUCCCGACGUCCUUGCAGUUCUCCAAGCUAUGGACAUGCAGUCGAGAGCGAAACAGCUCACUGUUUCGCAUGCUUUCCACUGUCCACUAGUCGGGGAAGCAGCUGACCUGCUCUUGCCGAAGGUGCAAUCGGUGAAGCUAUCGAAUCCAAAGGACGAAAUUACAUUCAUUUCCACAGUCACUGGGGAUUCUGUCAGAGCCAACGAACUUACAAAACCAGAGUACUGGGCGACCCAUAUCACAAAGCCCGUGCAAUUCCUUCAAGCUAUGCGUGCAACGGUAACGAGCGGUGAAGCAGGCAUUCUCAUUGAGAUUGGACCCCGGCCGACACUGGUGAACAUGGGUCAGCAAUGUGUACCACGCAAUGACUACAUCUGGGUGGCUCCCGUUGAUCCAAAGGACAGCAACAGGAAUAGCUUUUCGCAAGCGCUAGAAAAAAUCAACAGUAACAUGGCGUGCACGUACACCUGGAAGCGCCAGGCUUUCCCAUGGACAGUCGUAGUGCAUCCGUUCGUCGAUAAAUUUGUACAGGAUCAGGACGAGGCGAAAGCAGUUUCGCAGGUAUCUCUCUCUCCUGCGGUGGGAGAAUUGCUGCACGAUCACGUCGUCAACGGGACAGCAAUGAUGCCUGGUGUCGGCUUCCUUGAGGCCAUGGCUGCCGGUGGUUUCAUGCUGCUGGACGGCAAGUUGCCGAGCACCGUCGUGGCUCUAACAGAAUGUGAGUUCGAGCGACCGAUGCUCAUCCCGAAAAUCGAUCCGGCCACCGGGGAGUUUACCCAGGCUGCCAAACUGAUGAUCACAAUCAACAAUAAAGACAUCACCCUGAAGAGCGUGCUGGAGGGCGAAGACGAGGAAAUCUUCCACAGCCGCUGCAGCUUCUCUCUUUGUCCUGGAACAAGUCUCCAGACUGAACCACCUGAUCUUCUGGCCUCUCUUCAAAGCCGGAUUACAACGCCUGUGCCGAUCACGAUGUUGUACGAAACGCUGCAGUCUGUGGGCCUUCAAUACGGACCGCGUUUCCAGUCGAUCCGGGAAUGCUACGCCUUUGCCCCUGACGAAGUGCUCGCGAAGCUGCGCCCUAAGCAGCCUCUCCAACCCUUUGAACGGAACUUCCGCAUUCAUCCGGUGCUGCUGGAUGGUGCUCUGCAAGCUGCGGCGGUCCUUUUCGCAGAAAUGGGCCAUAAAAGGCCUCUCGUGCCAGUGGGGGUGAAGCGUGCACUCCUCGCUCGCGUGCCGGCAGGCUCAGAGGUCUGGAGUCACGUUGUGGUGAAAAGCAAAGACCUCCGGUCAGCCACCAUGGACGUCACACUCUUCAGCGCAAAGGGGGCUAUUCUUGGACAACUGAUCGACGUCGCCGUUCGAGCAUUUGAUUCAGUUGCCGGUGCUCAAAUUCCGAAAGGACUUCUGUGGGAGGUCUCUUGGAUCCCGAAAACACUGGAACCUGCGGAGGGCGUCAACGCCACGGAGCAUGACAAAGCAGGCGAAGCGAACCCAACAGCCCCCAAGCCUGCUGUGCAUCCAACUGGAGGCGAGGUCGAGAAGCCCUCUCGUAAGGCAACGGUGACAGGUCAGCCAAAGUGGCUUCUGCUGAAGACGCCGUCGUCCAUGCUGAAGGGUCUCCAGCAAGCGCUGAAAGGAACGGCGUCGGCGUUUGUCGAAGAAAUGGAUGAGAAAAAUCCGGCCAGUGGCAUCGCUUCAAAGCUGCACAACGGUCAGUGGGAAACGAUCAUCUACUUGGGCGCGCUUUCUCCCACCUUGUCGCCGACUGCCUGCGUAGCGGACGCUCUUCUUCUCGCCAACGCUCUCGGGAAUACGGCACCAGAUCAACCCCUGGCGAAUGUUCUUUUUGUCACUCGAGGUCAGCAUUGUAUCCAGGAAUGCGGAGACUUUCCCACCGCCACAGUGCCCGCGCACGCAGGACUGUAUGGCUUUUGCCGGUCGGCGCAACUCGAAUUGGAGAAUAUAAUUGGCCGACCGGUUUAUCUCGGGACCUUGGACUUCGCCUCCGAAGAUCCACUUCUGGAUGAUCCGACUGCCUUUGUCUCAGCUUUACAGCAGGUAUUAGCAGAAGCUGACCCAUCAGGCGCUGCUGGCGCGUGCGAGCAGCACACGGUGAUUCGCAGCGGGAAGCAAAUGGUCCCAAGGAUGGUCAAAAGCGCCAUCGACUGCCGCGGCGCCGUCGAACUGCACAUGAGUGACCGUGGUGCCUUGUCGAUGCUCAAGCUCCGACCCAUGCCCAAAUCGGCACGGGUGCCCCCCCCGAGAGACUGCGUGGAAAUUCGGGUACGGGCCGUCGGCCUCAACUUCCGAGAUGUCCUGAACGUGAUGGGCCUCUACCCUGGCGACCCUGGUCCUCCUGGCGCAGACUGCGCAGGUACCGUGGUUGCUGUUGGCGAGGGGGUGAAGCACCUCAGAGUCGGUGAUGCAGUUUUCGGUAUCGCACAGGGAGCCCUGAAGACAUUCGUAACCACUUCUGCGCAUCUGGUUCGCCCCGUUCCCGGCAGGCUCACAUUCGAGCAAUCUGCGGCGCUUCCCGUUGUUGCCUCGACAGUUGAAUACGCCCUUCACGAUCUGGCGAAGGUGAAAAAGGGAGAUAAGGUUCUCAUCCAUGCGGUAACGGGAGGCGUCGGCCUUGCUGCAGUACAGCUCUGCAAACGGGUCGGUGCUGAAGUCUAUGGCACGUGCAGUGGAGGCAAGAAGGAAGAGUUUGCGCGUUCUUUGGGUGUCAAGCAUAUAACGAGCAGCCGUGAUCCGAAGAAAUUCGCGGAGGACAUGAACGAGUUUUUUGGAGACGGCAAAGACAAGCUUGAUGUGGUCUUGAAUUGCUUGAUCGAAAAUUACAUUCCCGAAACUCUAAAGUUCCUUGCGCCGAAUGGCAGGUUCAUCGAGCUAGGCAAACGUGGCAUCUGGACACGGGAACAAAUGAAAGCGGAACGUCCCGAUGUGCUGUAUGAAACAGUGGCCAUAGACUCAAUGAUGGAAGACGACCCUGUGUGGUUCGGUGGUAUGCUUGACCGCAUUCGGGAUCUGGUGGACAGCAGUCUGCUUCAGCCUCUGCCACUGCAUACCUUCGAAAUGACGGAUUCAGCUGAAGGGGGAGUUGCCGCCUUCCGUUUCUUGCAGCGCGCUCAGCAUAUUGGGAAGGUUGUGAUUCGCCUCUCUAGCGCGCUGGAGGUGAACAGUUUCAUGACAAACUCGGGAGGAGAAAACGAGAAUGAAGAGAGCAAGGAACAUCACAGUCUCGAUAAGGCUGCGCCCACGCACGCAGUCGGAAAGCCUCUGUCUCAGCCAGUUGCUGAGCAAAUGCACAAGACGUACAUGAUCACGGGUGGAACAGGUGGCCUGGGUUUAGUUGUUGCCCGGUGGCUCAUCGAAGAAGGUGCGCACAACAUUGUCCUGCUUUCUCGAAGAGGUGAACCUCCAAGCAGCGUGAAGGCGGGAGAUCCAACGUGGAAAUACUUGUGUGGUGAAGAGCAGCCGAACUGCAUUAAUGUGACAACGCUGCAAUGCGACGUUUCCCAAAAGGAUGAUGUACUCCGAGUCUUCAGGGAAAUUGAGGCCAGAGGCCUUCCUCCUCUCACGGGCAUCUUUCACGCUGCCGGUGUCACGGCGGACGCCGCCCUUGCGAACCAGACGGCUGAUUCCGUAGAUCAGGUCUACUUGCCGAAGGCCAUUGGAGCGUGGAAUUUGCACGACGCUUGUGACACUCUGGGGCUGAAUAAAACUCUGGAAAUCUUCGUCAUGUUCUCUUCGGUUGCUGCCCUACUGGGCAAUUUCGGCCAAGCAAACUACUCAGCAGCAAAUGCCUGCCUCGAUGCGUUGGCAAUGUACCGGCAAUCUCUAGGGCUCUGUGGACAAAGUAUUCAAUGGGGACCAUGGGUUGAACAAGGUAUGGCUGUGCAGUUGACGCAGCACUUGGAGAAGGUUGGAAUGCGUGGCAUCAGCAACGAGCUUGGUCUGCGUGUUCUGGGGGACGUGCUGAUGCAUCCAAAUGUCGCAGUUGUCGGUGCGCAGUCUCUCCAGUGGCGUAAGUUCCUGCGUCGUUAUGCGUUCGAGACGCCUACCUUCUUUGCUCUUGUCCCCAUGGCCGGCGCGGGAUCAUCCGAAGCCACGGUGAACUUGGCAACAAUCACAAAGGACGCUCUGUGUGAACUCAUCUCCACUUUAGCCCAAGCAGUUUCCGGCGCGGCAGAGAAGCCCGCAGUCGAUACCCCCCUCAUGGACUUGGGGCUUGAUUCGCUUGGAGCAGUCGAGUUCCGCAAUUCCGUAGCGGAUAAAGUGGGUGUGAAACUUCCUCAGAACCUCAUGUUUGAGAAUCCUUCCAUUUCCUCGAUUUCUGACUACAUUCUGGAUAAGGCAGCAGGAAGACACGGCGAAGCAGGUGGAGGUGGCACCAGAGGAGGCAGUGAAGGGUCCGAUAUCCCUGCCUUGGACAUGCCGCUGGAUCAGUGGCUCAUGAGCAUACUUGAGCCCGCUGAGAGGUUCGCUCUCUACAUUGACUCCUUCGCUUCAGAGUAUGGAACUCUACAGAGAAUGGCAGCCGAGGAGGACAUCAUCACUGCGUUGGAGGACUUGGGUGUUGAAGACAGUGGGGACUUUGAGCGGCUGCAUGUAGCGUGGGAUGAUCUAUGCAACCAAAUCAACACGGCUAAGCGUGCAACUGUAAAAGAUGUCAGGGCUCCUUCGACGGUUGUAUCCGUCUCCGACCACCCGAAACCGCGGAUGCCACACCCGCUUGAAGACGUGGAUACCCUGUUGGCGUCUCUCGAUUUCGAUGUGAGCGCACUCCGGCCGGCAACCCCUCCUGGCAAGGUGAAAAACGUUCUCCUAACUGGCGUCACUGGAUUCGUAGGCCGAGUUCAGCUGUCUUCGCUGCUGCAACUCAGACAGCGGCCCGAGUUGAGAGUGUAUUGCUUGGUUCGUGCUCGCGAUGCCGAUCAUGCGCUGAGUCGCAUCAGGGAAGCAACCAAGGAGGCCAAGUGCUGGCAGGAGAGCUUCGUUAGCCGCAUCGUUCCCGUGCCCGGCGACUUCACACAGCCGUUGCUCGGGAUAAGUUCAGAGGAAUUCCAAGAGCUUGCAAGAAAAAUCGAUAUCGUUUACCACACCGGUGGCGACGUGAAUUUGCUAAGCAACUACGGGCGACUGCGUGCUACCAAUGUGCUCAGCGUAAAAGCAAUAAUCGAUCUGUGUACCACGUACAAAGUGAAGCCUCUCCAUUUUGCCUCCACCCUGGGACAAUUCCCAGCGUUCUUUGCGAUGUUUACCGGGCAUUUCAGUGAAGAAUCGAUUAAGGAAGAUUCUACGCCGGACGUUUCUCAAAUGGAGAACUUCUACCCUCCGAAUCGACAGGGUUACCCAUGGUCCAAGUGGGCGGCAGAGAGAGUGCUGGAGGGAGCCAAAAAACGUGGGCUGCCUGUGGCCAUUUAUCGGCUGCCAAACACCUACAUCGCCUACAAAACGGGAUACACGAACAAAACCGAUUACGCAACAGCCUUGAUGAUAGCCUCGAUCCAGGAAGGCGUGUUCCCUAUAGGAGCAGCAACCGCACCACUCACGCCAGUUGAUACAAUCUGUGAUAUGCUGGUCGAAGCGUCUUUCUUGGAGAAACCGAAGCAUUGGGUAUACCACUUGUUUGACCCGCGCCUCGUCACGCGGGCAGACUUGGAACAAUGGAGCCAAGAACUCGGCAUUAGCUACGUGGGCGUCAAGGUCGACGCGUUCCUCGAGGCCAUCAAAAAGAGAGGUCCGGAAUCUCCGGUCUUCAAGUUCGUCCCUUUGAUGCAGCACUGGCGACGUUUCUGGUUCGAUCCUGAGGAACGGACUGAGUCUUUCCCAAUUUCAAAUAGGCACAUUUUCGAGGAUCUUCCGCAUAUGCGUUGGCCUUCGCUUCGAGAAGUCUUCAAGAACUCCCUUCUGUACAGCGUCCGAAUGGGAUUCUUCCCGAAGAACUCGAGGUCUAUCGUUCUCGAUCCUGAAGUUGCUCUAGCCGAGGCGCGUCGUAUAUGCGGCCUUCAAUUGAUGGGUCAUGAGGGCGAAGCCUUUUUCCUGCAGCCAUGGAAGGUUCUGCAGGAGUCCGCGAAACGGGAAUGUGACUUGCUCUUUGGUGGCCAACUCGCAGUUUAUAGGACUGUACGCCAUUACUUCAUGAACGUCAUGUAUUUAGCUGAUGCCCAAGCAAAAUGUCCCGAAAUCGAGAAACAGGAGAUACAGGCUCCUCUUAUCAUUGUCGGCCUCAACCGUACUGGAACGACCUUCUUGCAGAACCUCAUGUCCACGGACCCCAGCAACCGCAGUCUGCGCUACUGCGAAAUGAUUGCGCCGUACGGUCCAGAUGGAAACUACAGGCCUAAGGGGCUACCGAACACUGAAGAAUCCUGGAAAAAGGAUCCACGUAUCCCGUUUGCACAAGAGAUUCUCGAUAGUCAAUUAGGUUUAUCAGAGGAGUGGAUGGCGAUUCACACGCAACGAGCAGAGCUUCCGGAAGAAGACUUCGUCAUUUUCGAGCACUGCGGUCGAUGCUACUCGAUCUGCACGGAAUUCAGCGUGCCGUCGUACCGCGCCUGGCUUGCAGCUGAUAACUACAAAGAAACUCGAAAAGGCUAUUCAUUCCACAAAAGAUUUCUCCAGCAUCUUCAGUGGCAACGCCCCGCCCAGCGAUGGCUACUCAAAAUGCCCUUUCACCUAUUUACUCUUGAAGCGCUGUUCGAUACGUACCCAGAUGCAAAGAUUAUCUUUAUGCAUAGAGAUCCGAAGGAGACAAUGGGAAGUUGGGCAAGCCUCGUAAAACAUGCCCAGCAGUCACUGAUGGACAAUGUCGACCCCGCUGCUCUCGGGCGUGAGGAGCUGAGAGCUAUGAGCACCAUGAUCAAUCGGGCCUUGGCUUUCCGGCGCUCUCAUCCGGAGCUCGCAUCGCGAUUUAUGGAUGUUCAAUAUCAGGACCUUAUAAACAAUCCUAUUGGAGUCGUCAAGAGCAUCUACCAACACUUCGGCAUUCCGCUGACUCUAGCUGCCCAAACUGGAAUCGCCAGUUUCUGUAACGAGAAUCGCAAGCAUCGCGACAAGCUGACAAAACACAUGUACAGCUUACAGGACGUUGACCUGACAGAGGGUAUGGUUCAAGAGGCCUUCAGGACAUACUAUGACUCAGGCCUCUGCAAAUACCUCUCCUCUUCAAAAUAG